AUGGAAGAUCCAACUUCAAAUGAUUAUUUAGACACCAGUUUAUAUCUAUCACUAGGAUAUGACGGUAGCUCCAUUGAUUCACUGAAGCCUGAAACCAAUUUCUUUGGUUCGCUCGAAUCGAUGGACACUUCCUCAACCAACAAUCUCAACCUAAACAACAACAAUAAUAAUAAUAAUAACAACAAUAAUAUUAAUAGUAAUAACAACAUUGUUAUUACACCUGUAAGUAGCUCAACAUCAACACCUUUGAUGCCAUCCAGUAAUCACCAACCAGUCAGUAUUAAGGAAAGCAAUAGUAACAGCAGUGGCAAUCUCUACAAUCAACAAGAUCCACAGACACACGAACACUUUCUUAAGUUGCUUUCCCAAAUUCAACAAACUCAACAGACACUCAAUUCCUUCCAGACCAACCACGAUUUCAUCAAUGCCCAAACAGCAGCAGCUGUCGCCGCAUCAUCUGCUCAUUCUGCCAACGGCAUCAUUCAAUCGUCACCAACAUCAUCCAACACCACCACACAACAAUCAUCAUCAUCGUCAUCACCAUCUCAAUCCUCUGUUUCAAUCUCACCAAUUUCCCUACUUGGUGAUAACAAUACCAUCAUCACCAACAACAACAACAACAACAAUUCAACAUCCGAUUGUAACAAUAAUUUAUUUAAUAAUAACAACAACAACAACAACAACACAAAUGUAAAAUUGAAUUCAUCAUCAGCACAAAACUCACCGAAUCUAAGUGAUAUUCAACAACAACAACAACAAUCACAAUCAACCGAGGCAACCAUAACCAUUUCAAUGCCAACCAAAAAGAAUAUUAAGGCAUCGGCAAUUGCUUCACCACCCAACUCACCACGUAAAACCACAAGAAACAGUAAAGUAAAACACAAAACUCAACAAGUCCAACAAAAUAUCCAACAAGCCACUACCAUGCCUGUUAUGAUCUCACCAAAUCCGUCGGUGCCACCCUUCAAGUUGUCGGGAUCACCACCCUCGUCGUCACCACCACAGUCACCACUCACUCCACCACCUCUGCCACCAGUGACCACCAAGAAACAAGGCAGAAAAGCAGUGGUACCAGCAGCACCAACCGGUCCCUCUGUUAUUUCGAUCAUCAACCAACUGGGAUUGCCAACCAACAACACCGCCACCACCUCCAACAAUCUCUGCAAUUCAUCGAGUAACAUCUCGAUCAAGCAAUCGGUUGACAGCAUCCCAACAACCACUACCACCACCACCACCAACAACGAAGAUAAAAAGACAGUUUGUCUAUCGUUCCUGAAAUACUAUUUCAAUGUUAAUCCAUCAUUAUCAACACCAACACUCCGUAGAUCUCUCAUUCUUUCACUCUAUGUAAAUAAGAUUUCACAAGAACUUCGAUAUAGAAGACCAAACGAUAUGGCCAACCUAUGUGUAGUUCUCUACGGUUAUUUAUUCUCUUCAUUAGAUGAUAAUACCAUUAAAGAGUUUAUUGCUGCUCAUUCAUCAAACAUUCCAAAGUCUAAAAAGGACGAUAAGAAACGAAAGAGAAAGAGAGACAAAGAAGAAUAUUCAAGUGACAAGCAACAACGUACUCCAUUACAGAAAUCUGUUAAUGGUGUAUCGAACACUCAACAACAACAACAACAACAACAACAACCUACUGCUUCACAGAUAAUAAGCGAUGCCAACACUUCAGAUUGGCCACUCGCACCCAUUCAAACCACACCAUCCUAUUUCGUAUAUGAUCUAAGCUCUGCCACCUCGCCAGACAACUCCAACGGUGUUCUCUCACCAACCACUCUGUUGUCGCACGGUGGCAAUAGCUCGCCAGGCUCAUUCAUGUUGUCCGACAGCAUGCCAAGCAGCACAACUACCAACAACGGUGACAACACACCGUCACCAACCACCGUCAUCAAUCCCUCACCAUCAACAUCGAACAGUACCACCGCACUAACAGCAUCGAGUACCGCCAUCGAAAAUACCGACGAUGACGAUACUCCCGUUUCGCUACACGAUGCGUUUGUCAACUGUUUGAAAUCCUGUACGUUACUACCAUUCCUCGAGUUUAAACCGGUGCAUUCCUUAGUUGCCCCGGCAGAUUUGCCAAUCACUGACUUCUACUACUCCUACGAUGAUUUGGUGCGUUGGGAGAACGAGUUGAAAGACCUCAAACAGAGUGUCAAACAACAUGUUCAACACCAAAACAUCCAGCAGAAGCAGCAACAACAACAACAACAAAUUAAUCAACAACAACAACAACAAGCUCAGCAACAAGCUCAGCAGCAACAACAAAUACAACAAGCCCAACAACAACAAAUCAAUCAACAACAACAACAACAAAUACAACAAGCUCAAAUACAACAACAAUUAUAUCAACAGCAACAGCAACAACAACAACAAAUUCAACAACAACAACAGUUAUAUCAACAACCAUUACAACAACAACAAUAUCAAACACAACAACAAAUUCAACAACAACUACAUCAACAACUAGCAAUUACACCGACACCGAUGAUCGAUGAUAACAGUUGCAACUGGAAGAUGGAUCCAAAGAAUGGUGUGCUGGUCAACGUAUUGGAGAACGACGAUUCGUUCAUCAUUUACGUAGCCAUUCCACACUCUCGACCAAACACACUUAGAGUAACCGUCAACCAGCUGGAAGUGAUCAUCGAAGGAUGCGUUUCCAUACCAGAUACCAUCUACCUCCCCAAUGGCGCAGAGAUGGCCAUCCCAGUUGGAGCAUUCCCUCUAAACUUCCAGAAGCAAGAGUUCUUCAUCGGUCAAUUCACCAAACACAUUCAAUUAAGCUCACCAGUGUCAUCGUCUGUCGUUGGUAAACGUGAAGGUGUAGUUGUUAUCAUCGCAAGAAAAGAAACAACCUAUCAAGUAACUCAAUUCUAA